AUUUUUUUUUUUUGGGGCGUUUUUUUCGUUGUUUUUGUUUGUGAAAAUGAUAAAACCAAAAACCUCCCAAAAAAAAAAAAAAAAAAAAAAAUAGCACUACAUGCUCAUUUUUGUCUUUUUUAUUCAUACCAUAUCAUUCCAUAUAUCUAUUCUUCUUUUACAUUAUAUAGAAAUAGAUCUUACAGAUGAAUUAUCAAUGGCUCUUUAUCAUCCAUUGUUGUUCUUUUUCUAUUCUACAGUAUCAGUAUCAUUUAGUAUCAUUAUAUUUUUAAUUUUAAAUUUUAUUUCACAAAUUUAUUCUUUAACAUUUUCUCCAAAUGCGGCUAAUCUACAUACUAAUCAACAAAAUCAACAACAGAAUCAGAAUUAUUUACCACCAAAUAAUGUAGCAAAUACUCAACUCUAUUCAAAUUAUUUAUACAAUUUAGCUUACAAUGAUUCAGACACGGUACCGGAUGAACAACGUUUAAUGGCACAAUUAUUAAGAAAUUAUGAUCCAUCAGCAAGACCGGUGUAUAAUGCAUCAAAUACAGUUAGUGUAGCAUUUGGUAUUGCAUUAACACAACUAUCCGAUAUGGAUGAAAAAAAUCAAGUUUUAACCACAAAUAUUUGGCUUGAACAGGAAUGGUUUGAUCAACGAUUAAUAUGGAAUGCAUCUGAUUUCAAUGGUUUAAGUACACUACGUUUACCAUGUUCCAAAAUAUGGUUACCAGAUAUUGUAUUGUAUAAUAGUGCUGAUGACUAUACACAAGGUUAUUAUCAAAGUAAAGCAAUGGUUGAUUCAACUGGCCAUGUAUUUUGGCCACCACCAGCUAAAUUUCGUUCAUCAUGUAAAAUUGAUGUGACAUUCUUUCCAUUUGAUGAUCAGUUAUGCAAAUUAAAAUUUGGAUCAUGGACAUAUGAUGCUGCUCAAGUCAAUUUAACAAAACGUCGUGAUAAUGUUGAUAUGUCAAAUUACAUAAAAUCGGGUGAAUGGCUUAUUAUUAAUGUUAUCGUUAAACGAAAUGAUGUUACUUAUCCAUGUUGUCCGGGAAUAUAUUAUCCUGAUAUCACUAUUUAUGUUCAUAUUCGACGUCGAAUAUUAUAUUAUAUGUUCAAUAUUAUUUUUCCCUGUAUUUGGCUAUCUAUCCUAUCUCUUCUCGGAUUCUGGCUGCCACCUGAUAGUGGUGAAAAGAUUACAUUAGGUAUCACUGUUCUACUCGCAUUUUCCGUUUUCAUGUUACUUAUUGCUGAAUCAAUGCCGGCCACAUCUGAAAUGGUACCAUUAAUUGAAAUUUAUUUAACCAUUGUUAUGGGUCUUACAUCACUUUCCAUUGUUCUCACAGUUUAUGUUCUACAACUUCAUCACAGUGGUCCUGUUGUCACACGUGUUCCACAUCAUUUUAAAUAUACACUUGUACACAUCAUUGCACCCAUAAUUGGCAUGCAUGAAACCGUGGCCAUCUAUGCUAAUGAGCAUAAUCUCACACUAAGCGAUGAUGUUUAUAAAUGUUAUAGUAAAGUAAAAUAUUCCACAAGAAAACGAAUGUAUAAAAAAAGAUUAUCAACACCAGCUGAAAGUGAUGAUGAGCAAUCGUUACGUAAAGAAACACGUGUUCCUGUCAGUAACGGUAAUUUGCGCCCAAAUUCUCACAAUAUUCGUCAGGCAACACCGCCUAUUUUACUUAUACGUCCACGUUCAUCAUCUCGUACAGACUAUCAAAAACAUUCACCAAAGACCAUACAAAACUCAAAUUCAUCGUCUCUUCACCAUCAUCUAUUUAAUUCAAACAUGUAUUUAUUAGAAAAACAUUUGAAACAUUUAAUUGUUAAACAACAGAAUGAAGAAGAGAGAAACGAAAUUAUUAACGAAUGGAAAUUAAUGGCACUUAUUAUGGAUCGACUAUUAUUUUGGUUAUUUACAUUUCUGACACUUUUAAGCUCAGUUUUAUCACUCAUUAUCAUACCAUGUCUUAAAAAUAGUGGAUAUAUACCAGCUCUGACCAAAGAACUUGUUCAUGAAUAUACAACAAUGAAAAAUACAUUGAGUAGUAGUCCAGUGCAAAAUGAGACAUCUGCAGAUCAACUAGUUGAAAGAAGAUGA